UUUAAUAUUAAAGUACAAAGUUAUAUAUUUGCUAUCCACCCUAUAAGUAUGAGAGUUCUGCAUACAAAAAAUAAAAAAAGUCGUUUUCGAGUACUUCGCUCUGUGUGUAGAUUUGGUUGAGAGGUUCAACGCGACACGGGUCUGUAACAUAAUAUAACGUUAUGUGUAAAGCGCUCUGAAGAUAAGAACAAAAUUGUAGCUCAUUUAAAUUGUCCCGAAACAUUGGGUUUUGCCGUCGGACUUAGACGUUUGGCGUGAACGGUAAAUGUCAUCAACGAACAAUAACAACAUUGUAUGGUGUACGUAGAUGUAGUGUUUAGUGUAAUAUUAUACACAUUUGUUUUGUAAUUUGUUCGAUUUGCACUGUCGGGGUAAAAAUCAAUAAAAAAAUCUGUUCUUUGAAAUGACAUUUGUAACGAAAUCAAUCCGCAUGUCAAACCUGCUCGCGGUGCACUCAUAAUAUUCCAUUAUCACUAUCAUCGCGCGUCAGCCGUAUAUUUACAUAGUAAUAUUAUUAUUAUUAUUAUAUCGUUGCGAGCGGUUUUCUAAAUGCACCUUAUUGAAUACCGUCCACGGAUAUUAUUCAAAUGGUCCACUGUACCGUUUAUAGCGUUCUUUACGGGUACCGGACACAAAUCAAAAUCGCACAAACAAGUGACGUACUCGGUUGUACUCGGCCAAUGGUAUUGCCGCGUUGACGUUACGCGAAACAACCCUCUCAGGGUCUCCGGUCCAAGACAGUUUCUCGGCCUAUCGUGCUCGACGUUAACAAGUGUCAGUUGUGCUUGGCUCCGUUUACUAUUUUGAUCGUCGGGUUUGUCGUUGGCGGCGGUUAGGUUUUUUUUUUUCGCUGUAUGGUCUUUCUUCUCGCGACGUUUACCGGCCUAACCGAACCACAAAUGGCUAAAAAUUCGGAUUUCGAAUCGUACCUGCUGAACGACACCAACGAACUAAUGAAUUUCGACAAUUUAAGCCGCGAUAGUCCCAUGGAGCAGCUCGUGUAUUACGACCUACAACCCGUGUCCGAACCCCUUAAGGAGAACUCUUGCAGUUCGCAGUCCACGUGCAACGUGCCGAGCACCAUACGGAUAGCGACGGCCACGGAACAGACCAUCGAAAUGAUUGGUGACGAACACUCGAUCAACAAGAGGAAGGGAUCGGCUCAAGGAAGCGACUUUGAAGAUGACAAUAAUGAAGAUUCGAGGUCCUCGCGAAUCGACGACAACAAAAAACACAAUCACAGCGAAAUCGAAAAACGCAGAAGGGACAAAAUGAACUUUUACAUAACUGAGUUAGCUAGUAUGAUACCAAUGUGCCAUGCCAUGUCACGGAAACUAGACAAGUUAACAGUGCUUAGAAUGGCUGUGCAGCACAUGAAAACUAUCCGGGGCACUGUAAAUUCGUACACGGAAGGACACUACAAGCCUCCAUUUUUAACCGACCAAGACUUAAAGAAUUUAAUCACACAAGCAGCGGAAGGGUUUGUCUUUGCAGUUAGUUGCGAUCACGGGAAAAUUCUUUACAUAUCCAAAUCAGUCACGCAAGUUCUAAAUUAUUCACCGGAAGACUUAGUAGGAAAUAAUGUAUUCGAUUAUAUCCACCCGAAAGACGUGGCUAAAGUAAAAGAACAGCUGUCUUGUUCAGACUUUUGUCCGAGAGAACGAUUCAUAGACUCGAAAACAAUGUUACCUGUUCGUGCGGAGAUGAUGAACACAUUUUCAAAAAUGUGUAGCGGUGCGAGGAGGUCUUUUUUUUGUCGGAUGAAAUACAAAGUAUACAGCGUUAAAGAAGAAGCUGAUACGACUACUGGAUCUAAAUAUCCACAAUCAGAUUCGUCGUCCGUGGAAAGUAAAUCAAGUGUAAAAAGCGGAGACAUGAAGGGGUCUUCGCCCAAAUGCAGAGACAGGAGAUACAGCGUUAUACAGUGCACUGGUUAUUUGAAACCUUGGACACAAAUCAAUGAGCGCGAUGACAUGUCGGGAAAAAGUAUGGAACAAGGGGAUGAUACCGAAGGCAGCGGAGUAGGUGGUGAUUCUGAAUCGGGGAACAAUAUCUCGUGUUUAGUCGCCGUUGGCAGGAUUAUUAACAAAUCAGUAUCUACUUCACUUUUAUCAGACAUAGUCAGACCACCGUGCUUUACCUCUAAACAUACGAUUGAUGGGAAAUUCUUAUCGGUCGAUCAAAGAGUAACAUAUAUAGUCGGAUUUUUACCUCAGGAGCUUUUGGGCACCAGCAUGUACGAAUAUUUUCACCAAGACGAUAUUGCGCGUCUUGUAGACGUGCACAAAGCAACGCUACAAGAAGGCAAGCCAAAAGACACGGAGGUUUACAAAUUCCGGGCUAAAGACAAGACUUACGUGCACUUGCGGAGCGAAUGGAAGAGUUUUAGAAACCCGUGGACCAAAGACAUUGAGUUUAUUGUGGCAAAAAACAUUUUAACGAGGUCGGACUCAAAACCGGACAGUAGCAACAAAUUGGAGUGUUCGUCACAGGAUCAACCGCAAAACAACUAUGAUACCUUUGUCGAUCAACAGUCGUCCAAGAUUCAACAAUCGUUAGGCAACAGGGAUAUGCAAAAUUUAAUCACGUCUCACUUGGAAGCGAGCAAAAUAGGCAGACACAUAGCCGACACGGUUUUAGACGAUAAAACGAAAAUCGAUAAAGUAGAAGAGCCUCCUUCGCACGCCCGUGGCAAUUUCAUAACAGAGGCAUCGAACAACAACAACAACAACAGCAACAGUUUACCGUUCCUGAGAUCGCCGUUGCCUCAAGUACUCAACGACCCGGGACCGUCAAGCAGCGGCUACAGCGGAAUCAGAGACAACGUGAACCUUUCCACCAGCUCGUCCAGUGUCGCGGGUACCGAUCUAAAUGCAUUUUCUCCUACGAUGUAUCCACAAUCUGGAUUUAUGAUUCCAGGUGACUCUGAAGACAUGCUCGGAGACAUAAUGACACCGUCCCCGCAACAGUUGCCCAACACAGACACCAACGACGAGGCCGUCAUGGCCGUUAUCAUGAGUCUUCUGGAAGCUGAUGCCGGGCUCGGUGGGCCAGUAGACUUUUCCGGCUUACCGUGGCCUCUACCGUAACGCCAUCCAUACCUAGGCGUUAAGAGUUGUUUUUUAUUUUUUUUAAUAUUGAUUUUGUGUUUUGUAUCUAUUAUUUAAUUUACGAUAUUUUUAAGUUUUAUCUGACUGCGUUAUUACUUGUUGAUGAGUUCAAAAUAAUAUUAUUAUUUCGUCUCGACUAUUAUUUUGUUUGUAGAGCUUUAUUAUUAAUAUACAUUAACUAUUAUUUUUUA